AUGUCUUUGGAUGAGGAAGCUCUCCGGACAGCCGCCAAUGGCGGCUCGAUAGAAAUAGAGAGAUGGAGCGGUAUGGCUGCGCCUUUGAUUGAGCGGCUGGAAUAUAUCGUGUACAACAUGUUCCCCAUGCCUCGAAUGCGCCCAGAGGAGAUCGGCCAGCAGACAUCUACCAACCAUGCAUCUCAGCUACAAGAAACAAAUCACAUUGAACCCGAAAGUAGUAACAAGGAAAACGACGCACCUGCAGACCCGCCUGGCUCUCCCCCCUCAAGUGAGCGCGUGCCAGAUUCGCAACCCCAGCCCUCUGGUACAUCGACCGAUGAUCAGCUCCCACCGCCACUUGUCCUACUGUUGAAAGCUAUCCGAUCUUCGAUCACUUCUUUCUUUGAGGAGAAACCCCCGCAUACCAUUCAGAGACUCGCAGAGCUGGUCCUCGAGCCGACCAAGCACUACAAAACUUUACCUGCGUAUCUCCGUGCGGUUGACCGUGUCAUCUCAGUGACAAGCUCCGCAGAUGUCUUCCCCUUUAACUCUUCAUCCCCCACCGACGCUCACUCAAAUGGGAUGGUGCACCCCGGUAAUAGCAGCGGGGUUUACCUGGCUCCGGACUAUGCCCAUGGCCUGGGAAGUGACGAAUCUCUGGGAGGUGCUCUAUUGACCCCUAUUCCAUGGUUGAAUGGCUCUUCGUUUGAAGGCGAAGAUACGAACGUAUUAGGCGAGGGCACCGAAGAACCUAUACCAACACAGCCGACAGAGGAGCCCGAAGCGGCGCCUACUACUCCCACCGAAACUGAGGAUGUGGCAGCCACCGCCUCACCAGAGCCAUCCGAAGAAGUCCCUCAUGCCCGUGGCCCAAUUGUGCUGGGAGUCGAGGAUAUGGGUCUGCAGGACGGGAAAGGCGUAGAGAUGAACCUCGGCCCAGAUGGCACCGAUGAUGAAGCAACUGCAGCCGCAGCAGCCGAAGCUGUGGCCACUACCACAGAAGAACAGAAAAAGAAUGAAUCAACCGCCGACAAGGACGGUGAUAUUGUUCUUUCCGACGAACAGCCACAGGAAGCAGAAGAGACUCAGAAGGAAGACAUUUCUGCAGAACCACAGGCAAGCGAGACGGAAUCUAAGCCCCCUGGUAAUUUAGCCGAAGCGCCGGACGCCGAGAAGAAAGCAUAA